AUGUCGCGCCGCGAGCUCAGUCCUGCUGCGAUGACAGCAAAAGAACAGCUCUGCGACCUCUUUCGCAAGAUUGAGAGUGUGCCGCCCUGUCUUCCAGCGGCAAAUCGAGUUAUUGUGCGCAAUAUCGGCGACUAUGAGCUCAUGCAGCAGCAGGGGCAACAACAGCUGGAGCACCUCUGGCGCGAGGAGCAGGCCGCGACUAGCGCGCUCUUCAAGCACUUCAAUUGCAGAAUGCAAGAUCCAAAUCUCCCCAAAGAAGAAGCUAUCAGCGGAGUUAGCAAGGCCCAGACGACGUUAGGACAUCCAGAAAUGACCGACGUCUGUUACGAGCUGCUACUUUCGGCUCACCAACGCAACCUCUGCCGCAAUGUAGACCGUCUCGCCUACAACAGCGGCCUCGUUUGCGUCCCUCCGCAGACGCUGUCAGAGGCCGUCUUUCCGUUCGAGGCAAGAGAAACUCUGGCAGACUUCGCGACGAAGUAUGGUCAGCCCAACGAUGCGGAGGAGAUCCUGCUGUGUCGGGCCUUGGAUCUCUGGAUGUUUGAGAUUGGACUCUUCUUGAAUCAUACUUGGAAUGGGAAUUCCAAGUCGGGUAUCAUAGCGACCAAGAUACUGGAGAGGAAAGUGGAGUUGCGCGCGGAAAGCUGUGGAAGAAAGCAAGCGCUGAAGACAGCGGGAUCGUAA